AUGGCCAAUCUCGCCGACGUCUUCAACAGCGUCGGUAGAAUAAUUAUUUCAUGCUGGGCGUUCCUAAUCUCACUCAUCGGAUUUGGCGCGGAGUUUCAGAAUCUCAUCACAUACAUUGACCACAUUGACGGGCACCCUCGUCGAGACGCCGCCACGCCCGACAACGACACUCCACCCGACGACGCCACACCCAACAGCAACACUCCACCCAACGACGCCGCACCCAACAGCAACACUCCACCCGCCUCCUCCCCGCCCAACGACGAUGUUCUGUUCAACGCAACCCUCUGGCAGACGUUCACAAGCGCGAUGCAGAAAAGUCAUAAAAAUUUGAGACUCGUGGCCUUUUUACAAUUACCCAUUGGGGGUGCCUUGACCUUCAUGAACUACGAUGCAGAUCACUACCAAUUGUUUCGAGUCCUUGGAUUCAUUUCUUUGGGUUUCGCAUGCCCAGCGCUGUUCGCCAGUCAUCUCUUCCUUUCAAAAUUUGGAGUCAUCGACCAGCAUACAAAUAAUCGUUUGGGGAACAUCGAGGUUUACACACCAUCACUUCGUUGUCCACCGGUUGAUGUGCCAUGCUGA